CUCCUCGCCUCGCCCAACGGCUCUUCCUCCGCAAAUUAGAGCAAGUGCUCGUAAGAACGAUGGAAGGGAAAAGGCGGGAAUCUGCAGAGGGGGAAGCUGAAACAUUUGCCAAGAUGAAAACUGGUUUAGGACAUGUCUCCAUUGAGAUGAAACACAGCCAGUCUGAAAUUUUAACAGUACCUAUGGAAAAUCAUCUAACUCUUGCUGGAAUUUCCAGGACAGAUAAUGGACUUGCAUUUAGUUCUGAAAACCAUAACCUUAAGACUGAUUUACUAAAUAAACCAGUUGAAAAAGGAUUCCAUUGCAGUCAAGAUACUUGUUUAAAUUGCAUGAGUGAAACUGCAGUUGAUCAUUUGAAACAUACUUUUAACAGGGAAAAUGAAAAUGCAGUGCUUGAGGUAAAAAUGCAACCAUGUACACAAGAUUAUUGUGAUGAAAUCCUUGGAAAAUAUGAAAAAUUAUCCGAAGAAGCUCCUUCAGAAGCAGCAAGAUGUGCAUAUUUACCAGAACUGCAGCUGCAUUCAUACAGUGUUCAAUUUUCUUCUUCUUUAAUGACACAAGAUAGAAAUACUGUGCUAUCUAUUGGCACCAACACUCCUGAUGGAGCAGUCAGUACAAAUAGAGAAAUUAUACCAGUACUAAGACCUUUAUUAACUCCUUCAAAUGCAAAUAGCGCUGUUUCUUGUGACCAAAUCAAAGGAAUUGUUAAUAAUUCUACAAUGUCACAAAUCUUACCAGGAUGCUCUGAUGAAUCUUGCAAUGGUAUCCCUGUUUUACCUCAGGAUACUGAUCCUGUUUGUGAUGAAUUCGGUGAGGUUAAAGAGACAGCUGUUAGCCUUGCAGCAAAUAAUUCUGAAGAAGGUGUUUUUCACAGUUCAAAUGGUGCAGAAGCAGGCCACAAUCUGGCAGUUGCACAAAAUGCUGUGGAGGAACCCACUUGUUCACAGAGAAAUUAUUCCAAUCCUCAAGUGAUAAUAUGUCAGUUGAAAAGUGGCACUCAUAUACUUUGUGUAAACAAUACUGAGACAAGAGAAUUGAAAGCCAUUCAUUUGGUUCCCCAGUAUCAAGAACAGCAUGCAAGCAACUCGGUAACAUCUGUACUUGGGCAGUUUUUGCCAGUUGCAGGUAAACUGAAUAUCUGUGCACAAGAGCUUGAUAAUGGAUCCAUACAUACAAGCAGUUCAGAUCUGACUCUUCAGGAGCCAACAAAACUAACUUUAGUUGGGAUCAAACUACGGCACUUUCCCCAAUAUAAUAAUAUCUGCUUUGGAAUUGCUAGAAAAUCCAAUGAAAAUGCAAGGUUUCCUUGUACUUCCUGGGAUACAAAAUCAAAGAAGCCAUGCAACUGCACUAAAUCUCAGUGCCUCAAACUAUACUGCGAUUGUUUUGCCAAUGGUGAUUUCUGUAGUAACUGCAACUGUAAUAAUUGUUAUAACAAUCCACAGCAUGAAAUAGAACGGUUUAAGGCUAUUAAGGCUUGUCUUGACAGAAAUCCAGAAGCUUUCUUGCCAAAGAUUGGAAAAGGAAAACUUGGAGAUAUCAAACCGAGACAUAACAAAGGUUGUAACUGUAAGCGUUCAGGGUGCCUAAAAAAUUACUGUGAAUGCUUUGAGGCUAAAAUUAUGUGCUCAUCUAUCUGCAAAUGUGUUGGAUGCAAAAAUUAUGAAGAAAGCCCUGAUCGAAAAACACUAAUGAAUAUGCCAAUUCAAAUGGAAUUUAAAACCACUGAAGGAAAUGAUUCUGAAUCAUUUUCUAACUCUGAAAUAUUAUCAAAAACCAAAAAAGAAAGGCAGUCUAGUACAUGUAUAUCCUGGGAAGUGGUCGAGGCAACAUGUGCCUGUCUUCUUGCUCAAGCUGAAGAGGCAGAAAAACAAGCUUACUCCAUUUGCUUAGCUGAACAAAUGAUUCUAGAAGAAUUUGGGAGAUGCUUAUCACAGAUUCUUCACUCUGAAUUUAAAUCCAAAGGACUGAAAGUAGAAUAAUGUGUUUUACUUGCAGAGCUAAAGUAUUGCUUGAAAUUAUUUUUAAUUUUGAUAAAAUGUAUAAACCACUUAGUUUAUUUUCUUAUUCUAUUUCUACUACUUUUACAUUAUCAUAAUUGAUAAUUAUUUUGUUCCAAAUUAACAGAGCAAUAAA